AACCAAACUUGAAAAAAAAAAAAAAACAAAAAAGCGAAAGCUUUGAUCUUUGUUUUGCUUUUGUUUUGUUACAAUGGAGAAGCACAAAUGCAAGCUCUGUGCUCGAACGUUCUCUAAUGGGAGAGCUUUAGGAGGUCAUAUGAAAGGUCACUUAGCAACCCAUCCACUGCCCCCAAAGGCGACCCAGCACCAACUAGGUGACCGUAGAGAGUCAGCUUCUUCCUCAUCUUCUUCGUCAGGUGAAGAGCAAGAACUACAUGAAGAGAAAAGCAGAGAAGUAGUACUUGAAGAGAAAUCUUUGGUUUACGGGUUAAGAGAGAAUCCCAAGAAGAGCUUCAGGUUUGCAGAUCCUGAAUUCUCUUUUGCAGUCGAUUCUGGGUCCGUUGUCCAAGACAGAGAAAGUGAGACAGAGUCAAGAAACCCAACUCGGAGAAGAUCCAAGAGAAAUCGGAAGGUGGGUACUAAUACAAUAACAACAGACGAAAUCAAGAAACCAAAGUUGUUGAGAAAACCCAGUUUGGUCGAGUCACCGACCGAGCCAGAACCGGUGAGUUCAGUUUCUGAUACUUCACCUGAAGAAGAUGUUGCUAUGUGUCUUAUGAUGCUGUCAAGAGAUGUUUGGAAAAACAACAACAUGGGACAAAAAUCAGUUGAGUUGUUAAAAGAAUCAGAAGGGAUCGAGUUGAACAACAAGAAGAGUGAGAUAAACAAGAAGAAGAUUGGUGGGAAGCAUCGAUGUGGGAAAUGUAAGAAAGUAUUUCGAUCUUAUGGCACAUUGGAUAAACAUAAAAGGGUUUGCUCUGAAACUGAAAAAGCUGGUAAAUUUGCAGCUGCUGUGGUUGUUGCUGCUACGGACAGCAAGAUAUUUGAGUGCCCGUUUUGUUACAGAGUGUUUGGGUCAGGACAAGCACUUGGUGGUCACAAGAGAUCUCAUUUGCUUGCUGCUGCUUCUUCAUCUAAUACUGUUGCUGCUGCAAAUUCUAGUAAAUUUGACAACAAUUUGAUAGAUCUAAACUUGCCUGCUCCAUUGGAAGAUGAUGAGUUCAGUGUGGUAUCAGAUGCAUAAAUUGAAUGAUGGUACUAUCAAACAGUUAUGGGAAUUCACGUGGAUCUGAUGCUAUACAUUCGAUGUUUUUAUGCAUUGUUUUAAACUUGGUUUUUUUUACUGCAGAUGCUAAUAUUAUUUCUUCAUUCAUAGAUGAAUCAUGAAUGUUUUUGUAGCUUUUUGGUUUUGGUAUUCUUUCUAUUCUUCAUUGUUGUUGACCCACCAUUCAUUUCUUGAAUACUCCGCAAAUGUUUUGUCUCAAACACUUGUUAAUUGUUAUUGGUAAAACUUACAAGCUUCAAUCUC